AUGGCUUCAUCUUCGAAUAGAGGACGAAUACAAAUGCAUUCAACUACUGUUUCUGAAAAUCAAUAUUUUCUUAUUACUAUCACAAAUUAUCCAAAUCUUUUGAAUCGUACACAAUCCUACCAACAACAACCGAAUAAUGAAUUGCAACAACGACUUCGAGUUGGAAUGCUAUCUCCCAAUACAGCUAUCCAUUUUGGUAUCGCGCAUACAGAAGAACAUGAAAUAUUAUUAUACAAUACACUACGAUUUGAAUUAGAAGAAUGUAUUCGAGCAUAUCUUCAACGAACUCAACGAUUAUAUCCAAUUAACUUGGUUUUUAACUUAUCCAAUCUCUAA